AUGCACACCAAGACAUUGGGAGUAGUCCUCGGCUCUGCCGCGUUGGCCAACGCUAUUAACCUCUUCGUCGCGGAUUAUGGUGGUAACCUCAGCACGCUGAAGCUAACCGAAACACAAAACGGCCACGAUCUCACUGUUUCUUCAUCGUCACGCGAUUGUCAGCCUAGCCCAUCUUGGUUGACACUCGACAAGAAGAACAAUGUUCUUUACUGCUACGAUCGCGGUGGUCAGAACCCUACUGGUUCACUAAACUCAUUCACCAUUGGAAACAAUGGUGCUUUGACGACUGUUUCAAGAGUCAAGGCACCCCGGGAGGGAGUAGCUGGCGAGAUCAUCACCGGUAACAAGGGAAAGCGUGGAUACUUUGGUGCAUCCUACACCCCCGGCGUUGCAUCUGUUUUUGCCCUUGGUGAGCAAGGUGCUCUCCCUGGAACCGAGCAACUUCAACAAGUCUCUUCGACUAUCGAGAAGAUAGGCCCGAUCCCUUCACGACAAGAGGCAGCUCACCUUCACCACGUCAUCAUCGACCCGACUGGAAAGUAUGUCAUCACGCCUGAUCUCGGCGGCGAUGUUGUCCGCGUCUGGUCUUUCGACAAGGACAAGCUUGCCCCAAUUGCUGAAGUGGGUGCACUCAAAGCCCCCGCUGGCUCUGGACCUCGCCAUGGGUUCUUCAAGGUCUCCAAGACCGGUGAAACUUUCUUCAUCUUCAACGGUGAACUUGACCAGAAGGUGUACUCUUACCGAGUCAAGUACACCCGUACAGGCCUUUCUUUCACAAAGGUCUUUGAGAUUACAUCGCUCAAUGCCAAAUUCCCUCCCAACACGGCUCCCAUCAGCGAGAUUGCCAUGAGUCCCGAUGAACGAUUCGUGGUAGUGUCAAACCGUGAAAAGUCCUUCGCCACUUCCAUCGAAGCGCGCUCUGGAUCUUCAGACACCCUUACCACAUUCUUGAUCAAAGAUAACGGUACUCUUGAACCAGUUCAGGCUGCUCCCUCAGGAGGUUGGCUUCCACGCCAGUUCUCCUUCAACAAGGCUGGUGACAAGAUUGCUGUCGGUCAUCAGGUCAACCAAACUGUUGUCAUCUGGAAACGAGAUGUCAAGACAGGCAAGAUCAUCACUGAGCAGGAAGGCGGAAAGUUGGCACAGAUCAAGCUUACGGGAGAUGUCGUUGCAACAAUUUGGGAUGAGUAA